CCCGGGGCCGACUCCGCCGCGGACCCCUCCCCUGGGCCUGGGUCGCUGGUCGUCUUGUUCGGAGCCACGGCCGGUGCGCUGGGGCCGGACCUGGGCUCCGACGAGACAGACUUAAUUCUCCUAGUCUGGCAAGUGGUGGAGCCGCGGAGCUGCCAGGUGGGGACGCUGCACAAGUCGCUGGUUCGCGCCGAGGCGGCCGCACUGACUCCGCAGUGCCGCGAGGCGAGUGGCCUGAGCGCCGACAGCCUGGCGCGGGCAGAACCGCUGGACAAGGUGCUGCAGCAGUUCUCACAGCUGGUGAGCGGGGAUGUGGCCCUGCUGGGCGGUGGCUCCUAUGUGCUCUGCACUGAUGGGCAACAGCUGUUGCGACAAGUCCUGCACCCUGAGGCCUCCAGGAAGAACCUGGUGCUCCCGGACAGCUUCUUCUCCUUCUACGACCUCCGCAGAGAGUUCCAUAUGCAGCACCUGAGCACCUGCCCUGCCAGGGACCUCACCGUGGCCACCAUGGCACAGGGUUUAGGACUGGAGACAGAUGCCACAGAGGAUGACUUUGGAGUCUGGGAAGUGAAGACAAUGGUAGCUGUCAUCCUUCACCUGCUCAAAGGGCCCAGCAGUCAAUUAUUUUUGAAGCCUGAGGUGAUAAAGCAGAAAUAUGAGACGGGGCCUUGCAGCAAGGCUGAUGUGGUGGACAGUGAGACUGUGGUACGGGCUCGUGGAUUGCCCUGGCAAUCAUCAGACCAGGACGUGGCUCGCUUCUUCAAAGGGCUCAACAUUGCCAGGGGUGGUGUAGCACUCUGCCUCAAUGCUCAGGGCCGCAGAAAUGGCGAGGCCCUCAUCCGCUUUGUGGACAGCGAGCAGCGGGACCUAGCACUGCAGAGACACAAGCACCACAUGGGCAUCCGCUACAUUGAGGUAUAUAAAGCGACAGGGGAAGAGUUUGUAAAGAUCGCAGGGGGCACAUCACUAGAGGUGGCUCGAUUCCUGUCACAGGAAGACCAAGUAAUCCUGCGGCUGCGGGGACUGCCCUUCUCAGCUGGGCCAACAGACGUGUUAAGCUUUCUGGGGCCAGAAUGCCCAGUGACGGGGGAUGCUGACGGGCUGCUCUUUGUGCGCCACCCCGAUGGCCGGCCAACCGGUGAUGCCUUUGCUCUCUUUGCCUGUGAGGAGCUGGCACAGGCUGCACUACGCAGGCACAAGGGCAUGCUGGGUAAACGAUACAUUGAACUCUUCCGUAGCACGGCAGCUGAAGUGCAGCAGGUCCUGAAUCGCUAUGCAUCCAGCCCACUCCUUCCCACACUGUCUGCCCCACUGCUGCCCAUCCCCUUCCCACUGGCAGCUGGGACUGGGAGGGAUUGUGUACGCCUUCGAGGCCUGCCCUACACAGCCACCAUUGAAGACAUCCUGAGCUUUCUGGGGGAGGCAGCAGCUGACAUUCGGCCCCACGGUGUACACAUGGUGCUCAACCAGCAGGGCCGGCCAUCGGGCGAUGCCUUUAUCCAGAUGACAUCAGCAGAGCGGGCCCUAGCUGCUGCUCAGCGUUGCCAUAAGAAGGUGAUGAAGGAACGCUACGUGGAGGUGGUCCCCUGUUCCACAGAGGAAAUGAGCCGUGUGCUGAUGGGGGGCACGUUGGGCCGCAGUGGCAUGUCCCCUCCGCCCUGCAAGCUGCCCUGUCUCUCACCACCUACCUACGCCACCUUCCAGGCCACCCCAACACUUAUUCCCACUGAGACGGCAGCUCUAUACCCCUCUUCAGCACUGCUCCCAGCUGCCAGGGUGUCUGCUGCCCCCACCCCUGUUGCCUACUACCCAGGGCCAGCCACUCAACUCUACAUGAACUACACAGCCUACUACCCAAGUCCCCCAGUCUCCCCCACCACCGUGGGCUACCUCACCACACCCCCUGCUGCCCUGGCCUCUGCUCCCACCUCAGUGUUGUCCCAGCCAGGAACCCUGGUCCGCAUGCAGGGUGUCCCAUACACGGCUGGUAUGAAGGAUCUGCUCAGCGUCUUCCAGUCCUACCAGCUACCCCCUGAUGACUAUACCAGUCUGAUGCCUGUUGGUGACCCACCUCGCACGGUGUUACAAGCCCCCAAGGAGUGGGUGUGUUUGUAGGUGAGGAAGCCAGUGGGUAAGAGCUAGCUGAUGUCCUCAGCUAGCAUGCCUCUACUGUGUUGAGGAAUUGUGAACUCAACUGGUGACUUCUUUCUGGCUUGUCAAAGCUCUUAGAGGGCAUCUAGAAGAACCCAAGUCCCAGCUCCACCCUCCACUUAUUUCUCUGCCUGUUUACCCCAAAGACGAUGGUUGGGCCCUGCACGCAAGGCUGGGGUGGAAUGGGGUUAUCCUGUGCCUCAUAGCCCCUUGAGUGGCACAAGGAUAGCCCUUUGGACUGUUCUGGCUGUGGCCUGUGCCCACAGAUAUUGUGGGACUGACAGGUCCACAACAGGGUUGAUUUCUAAAAUGAAAGCUCUGGUACUGUCAGUGUAUGACUCCUGGGCGAAUCAAGGGUUCAUCUGUGCUUCUGAGUCAAGAUCCCAAUGUUCUACCUCUCCCUGUCCCUCUGGUGGGGGGCAGGGAGCCACAGAAAGCCAGCCCCCACCCUCAGGAUACUUGGACCUCAGAGACCAUGUUUUGCCAGGCGUGGUGGUCCCACCUAGGAUGCUAGCCCCUUCCAGUUGGGCACAAGGAAUAACAACAGAUGGCAAAACCAGAAGCUGUUUUGAUGGACUGUGCUGCAGUAUCCUCAGAAGACACUAGGGGGCAAGAGGCCCCCACACAAAAACUCAGGCUUGACCUUUUAAAGGAGACUUUCUGCCACCUUCUCAUGUAUGCCUUGGGAAGGCCAGUUGUCCUAUACAUACCACCAGACACCGUGGAAUGUCCAUUGCACCCAUUAAAGGUGCAGAACUGAAGCCUCCGAAGGAAUUUGGGACUCUUUUCUUCCAUAAAAUAAACCAAAGUUCCUGACCAAGUGGACUUUUUAAAAGCCGCAGUACCCUUAGCUUUGCCCCCAGAAUUGAGGGGCUCCACAGCAGCCCCAGGCGGAGGAAAACUCAGAGAUUAAGGAGACUGUUGACCUGUCACCGUUUAUUAUUUCAGCACUAUAACUGAGGAGCCUGAACUGCUGGCUCUUCCCUUUGUAUUUGUGUAUGGAGCACUGCACUCCUAUAAAAGGUUUUAAAAUACAAAAUGAACAAGAAAACACAAUAGCAAGUGCUGUAAACAUAACUGAGAAGCAGCUCCUUUACUAAACAUCCAUUUUAUAAAAUACAAGGUUUCAACUUGAGCCCAUCUGAGCCUUAAAGAUGUGUUUUGAAUAUCAAAAACAGCUUCACAGCCAGGCCCAGCAGAGGUCUGGUGACAGGGGCUGGCCCUGGGUGGGAGUGCGCCACAGGCAGCAGCACCACACAUGAACCCGAAGACAUCUUCCUUUUAAAGCUGUUUUCAACCAUGUUUCUCUGUGCAUCUCCAGUAGGCAGAAGGCUACUCAUUCCAUUCCUCAACCCAAGAUCUAACAUGGGUUGGAGAGGGAAAGGGUUCUUGCUAGCACAUGCCCAGUUGCUCAGUGCUGCUACUAGAAAUCAACUUGCAUAGUCCAGUGGACAUGUGCUUUUAACACCACUAUGUUGCACAAAAAUUUAAGUCUUCAUCUACAAAG